AUGGGGGCGGGGGUUUCUUGUCAGUGUUUUGACUCUGAGAAGGGAGACAACGAUACUGAGUUUGCGCCUAACCAGCAACUAGCAGCAAAUGGAGGGGCGACUUCCGCGAAGACGACAGUGCUGAGCGGGGGAGUGCAGUACACGGGAGAGCUGAAGAACGGCGUCAAAGAAGGGUUUGGGGUUUUGCUGCGGCCCUGCGGAUCGAAGUUCGUCGGCUACUUUAAAAACGGUGUCGCAGAAGGAGAGGGGACCUUUCAGCACCCACUAGGAGACAAGUAUGAAGGGCAGUGGAAGAAUAAUAAAGCACACGGAAGGGGCCGCUUUACGCAUGCAGAUGGCUCUUACUAUGAUGGCGAGUGGGUCUACGACUAUCAAGAGGGUUACGGGGUGGAGCACUGGGCUGACGGCAGCAGCUACAAAGGCGAAUAUAAGAAGGGUGCAAAAGAAGGUGAAGGUGUCUUCAUGUGGCGAGACGGCAGUGUUUAUCGAGGACAGUUUAAAGAUAAUAAUAUUCAAGGGUUUGGGGUGUACACCUGGGCUGAUAAUAAACAAUAUACAGGCCAGUGGGUUAAUAACCACAUGGAAGGCCAGGGCAAAAUGCUUUUGUCUGAUGGACGUGUUUAUGAAGGCGGUUAUCGAGCCGACAAGAAGCACGGCAAAGGGAAGGUGACGUGGCCUGACGGGCGGUGGUUUGAGGGGGAGUGGGUAGACGGGAAGCAGCACGGCUUAGGCCGAUAUUAUUCUAUUGAAGGAAAGGCUGUCUCUGAAGCAGAGUGGCGGUUUGGAAGGAAGAUAUCCGUCACAGAAGCACCUGUAAACACUCUGCCUCCCUCUACUGCCUUGGAGGCAGCAGAUGAAGAAAAGAGACAGCUUCUCUCUUCUGGAGGCCCCAACAACAACGGUGUCUCCGAACAGCAGCAGCAGGAGGAGCAGGAGCAGGAGCAGCAGCAGGAGCAGCAGCAGCAACAGGAGCAGCAGCAGCAGCAGAGCCCAGACAAACAAACAACGAGAAAGGGUGGAGGUUCGCAUGCACGAUGGAGGAGAGACAAAUCAAAGAAAAAAGAAAAAGCAGACGAAGAUGAGCAGCAAGCCCCUUCACCCUUACCGGCUGCAGCAGGAGCAGCAGCAGCAGCAGCAGCACCUGAUACGAAUCAGGCGAAGAAGAAGAAAGGGUUUUCUUUAUUUGGGAAGAAGGAUACGAAGGCUUAG